AUUCUACUAAUUAUAGAUAGAAAUGGCAAUAUCAAUCUUGUCAUGUUUACGUAUUUUCACAUUAGUUAUGUUUGUGCUUGAGCCUAAUCGAGUGUUAGGCUCAAGACACUUUGGUUUCAUUAGUUAUGGCGACAAUGGGGCGGGUAUGUGCGCCUCCACUGUCGCCACUCAUGGUUACAAAUGCCAAGAAUUUGAGGUAAAAACUGAUGAUGGAUACAUACUAAGUGUACAAAGAAUUCCACAAGGCCGUGUAGGAGGAGGUGGGCAAAUCAGGCAGCAAGUUUUGUUGCAGCAUGGAGUUCUUGUGGAUGGUGCAACAUGGUUGUUGAGUCCACCGGAACAAUCCUUGGCGAUGAUGUUAGCAGAUGAUGGUUUUGAUGUUUGGAUUUCGAAUACCAGAGGAACCAGAUACAGUCGUCGUCAUGUCACCCUUGACGCUAGAGAUUCGGAAUACUGGAAUUGGUCAUGGGAUGAAUUGAUUGUUCAUGAUUUACCAUCUGUUAUUGACUUUAUCUUCAAACAAACUGGACAGAAAAUACACUAUGUUGGUCAUUCAAUGGGAACUUUGAUAGCUUUGGCAUCAUUCUCAGAAGGAAGAGAAAUAGACAAAGUUAAAUCAGCAGCAUUACUCAGUCCAAUUGCUUAUUUGAGCCAUAUGACCACUGCACUUGGUGAAGUUGCUGCUAGAGCCUUUGUUGGUGAAAUCACCACAAUAUUUGGUCUUGCUGAGUUUAAUCCAAAGGGUGGACCUGUAAACAAAUUGCUCAAGUUCUUCUGUGCUCAGCCAGGGGUAAAUUGCUAUGACUUAAUGACUGCAAUUACUGGGAAGAAUUGUUGUUUGAAUUCCUCCACCGUUGAGAUUUUCUUGAAUGACGAGCCUCAAUCCACUUCAACUAAGAACUUGGUGCAUUUGGCUCAGACUGUUAGAGAUGGCAUACUUUCAAAAUACGACUACGGGAGCAACUAUAAUUUGGAGCAUUAUGGUGAAACGAAACCUCCCAAGUAUAAUUUAGGCAACAUUCCUCGUGAUUUACCCCUAUUUUUGAGCUACGGUGGGCAAGAUGCACUGUCCGAUAGCAAAGAUGUUGAAACAUUACUUGACUACCUAAAGUUUCACGAUGUAGACAGAUUGCAUGUUCAGUACAUCAAGAAUUAUGCUCAUGCUGACUUCGUCAUGGCAACCAACGCCAACGAUCUUGUUUAUAACCAAAUUAUUUCUUUUUUUAGGAACUAUGCCUAG